AUGUUUCCUAGGAAGUAUAGUUCUGGAAAUGAAAAGAGAAAGAAGAGGAUGAAAGUAGAACAAUUAAUUCAAUCUCAAUCUGGAGCACUUGAUAAAUAUUUUGGUACCAAGAAACAAGUAGAUAUUUUGGGUUCAAAUGACAAUGAUGAUGAAGAUUUGGUAAUUAAAGAGCCUACUCAUUGUGUGAGUAAUAAUGAGAAUGAUGAUUUGGUGAUUGAACAACCUAGUGAACAUAUGAAUGAGAAUGAAGAUUUGGGGAAUGUAGAAUCUAGUGAAAGUGGAGAUGUCAAUGUUGAAUGUGGACCUCUAAACAUUUAUGACCCUAGUAAUUGGGACAAGAUUGAUCAAAAUUUAAGGGAUUUACUAGUUGAAAAAGGUCCUAUAAGAGGUAAUGGUUUACAAAAUGGAGAGAAGCAGGAUAGGAAGUGGCUAGUAUAUUCAGAUGCUUCAGACAAAGUGUUUUGCUUUUGUUGCAAGUUGUUUAAGCAAGAUGGGAACAAUAUUCAUUUGGCUACUGAUGGAUUGAAAGAUUGGAAGAAUAUGGGCAACAGGCUUAGAAGUCAUGAAACUAGUAAUGAGCACUUUAUUUGCAUGAGCAAAUGGAUUGAAUUGGAAAGUAGAUUGAAGAAGAAUGAAACAAUUGAUAGAAGUGUUCAAGAACGAAUCAACAAAGAGAGGGAACACUGGAGACAAGUGUUACUAAGGAUAAUUGCUAUUGUGAUCACUCUUGGUAAAAAUAAUUUAGCUUUUCGUGGAGACAAUGAGAAGAUUUAUCAAGAAAGAAAUGGAUUCUUUUUAAGCUUAAUUGAAAUGCUUGCUAAAUUUGAUCCAGUAAUGCAAGAGCACAUUCAACGUAUUCAAAGGAGUGGAAUUCAUUACCAUUAUCUUGGCCACAAAAUCCAAAAUGAAUUGAUACAGAUGUUAGCGAGUAAGAUCAAGAGUACGAUUGUGGCAAGAAUCAAAGAAGCGAAAUAUUUUUCAAUUAUUCUUGAUUGCACUCCAAAUGUUAGUCAUGAAGAACAAAUGUCUCUUGUGAUAAGAUGUGUAGAUGUUUCAACUAGUCUAAUAAAGGUAGAAGAAUUCUUUUUAGAAUUUUUGAAAGUGGAUGAUACAUCGGGGUUGGGACUUUUUAAUGUACUUAGAGAGGCAUUGCACACACUCCAGCUUGAUAUUGGUGAUAUAAGAGGGCAAGGAUAUGAUAAUGGCUCUAAUAUGAAAGGGAGACACAAAGGUGUACAAAAAAGAGUACUUGAAAUAAAUCCAAGAGCAUUCUACACGCCAUGUGGGUGUCAUAGUCUUAAUCUUGCCCUUUGUGAUAUGGCUACCUCUUGUUCCAAAGCUAUCUAUUUCUUUAGAGUGCCAUUAUCACAAACUCGUUGGGAAAGUCGCAUUGAAAGUGUUAAAGCUAUACGGUACCAAGCUCCACAAAUUAGAGAUGCUUUAAUUCAGUUGGAAAAAGAAGCUGAUGAUCCCAAUACAAAGUGUGAAGCUGAAUCCUUAGUUACAUUUGAAAUUGAGAACUUUGAGUUUUUGCUUGGCAUGAUUAUUUGGCGCAAUCUGUUGUUUGCUGUUAAUUCUGUUAGCAAGACAUUUCAAGCUGAAGACAUGCAUAUUGAUGUUGCUAUACAUCAAUUAAAAGGACUCAUUACAUUUCUUGAAAAGUAUAGAGAAACUGGACUUUUGGAGGCCAUGAUUGAAGCUAAAGAAGUUGCAAUUGAAAUGGAGAUUAAGCCUACAUUUCGUGAAAGGCGUGUCAUUCGUAGAAAGAAACAUUUUGAUGAGAAUGUUAGUGAAGAGGUUAUGCAAUCAGCUGAAGAAUCCUUUAGAAAGUUAAAUUCUACCAAUGAUGAGUGCUUGAAGACUUAUUGUGCUAAUAUUGAAGACUUUUUGAAACAUGAUGGGCUUAUGGAUGUUGAUGGGAGAGAUUUAUUUUCUGAGUUGAAAGUCUUCAAAGAAAUUUUGCCAAAAGAAAUCAAUAGGCCAAUUGAGUGCGCCUUAGGCCCCACAAAUCUCAGGGCCGCCCCUGCUUGUAUGGAUCGCAGGCGAGCGGCGAGUCUGGUGUACACUGGGCAGUGGAGUGGAAGCAGCACGGGGUCAUCUUCUCCGGGCACCGGCCUCUCCACCAUCAAGAGGAAUCAGAACUUCGUUGCCAAGGCCGCCGCCCAGCGUCUCGGUCAGGUAAUGGCUUCUCAGACCGCCGCUGACGACGGAUAUGGAAGGCUCUGA